GCGAUCGUCACCAACAACUACAAACUCCUGAUCAACCUUCCACUGUCGCCAGAAGGAACAGCCAGAGCCUCCCAGGACCUGGUCCGUACGAUCAAACUACUUGGAUGGCCGAAUCCACCGCCCCAGAUCCUCCGACCCAGGAGGUCAACGGCCAAGAAGCCCCACCGAAUCCCCCGGGCGAAACGGGCCCGAAUGGUACCGCAUCCAGAGUAGAUGUGGACCCUGUAAUUUUGAGUCGGCUGGAAAACGCUAAAGCCGAAUUGGCCAUGAAUCUUGCCAAGAAAAAGAAGCUGGAUAAGGAGCUGGCUGCUUUAGAAGCCACGCUCUACUCGCAUGAAACUGCAUACCUCACCGACCCAUCCGCGAAUCUUUUUGGGAAUAUCGUCAAAGGCUACGAGGCCUAUGUGAAAGCGCCGCCUUCGACCAGCAUGGCCGGAGACCACCAUUCGACAAGGCGGAAGCGCGCGUAUACGAACACCAUAGGCCCGACAGGCCCCACAGAGAUGGUCGGGGAUGCCGAACGGAUAUUCUCCAAAAGUAGCGGCUCCUAUGCUCGGGCUUUAGAAGUAAGGAGUAAAGAACACGAGUCUGCCGUUACUUCUGAACAAGAAUCAGUCGUCCCUACUCUACAUCCCACCGAAACGCGUAAAAAGUCAAGAUCAUAAAAUCCUCUUCCUCACUAUCUCGCGCCUUCAUUACUUGUUACCAGCUCAAAUGGUAAGCUUUUUAUCCAUUAUUUCCCUCAUCAGGUCUUGGAUCCUAUUACAUCUAAAUUUCAGAUAAUAGAGACGGAGAGUUGUAUUUCUGUAUUUGGUCUUGAUAUUUGUAAGAUAACUGUAGUUUAAGCAUAAUUGAGGCUCAGCAAUCUCGCAUUGCUUCCGGUCAUCAAGACCAAUUGGAAAUAUCCGGGUGUGCGAUGAAAAAGGAUUGGUUUAAGUAACUAACUGUC